UUUUCUACCUUAUGAAACAAGCCUCUCAAUGUGCAAUGUCCACAUCCAGUGUACUGGAAGUCGACCGAGUCAAGGCCAGAGGAUCACAUAGACAAUGUCGGUGAAGGUGACGAACUUGCUUGGCUUGGGAUCUUGGCUCCAGUCUUCCGCCCGACUUUAGAACUGGUAAGCUAUCCUGAGAUUCCUACAUCUCGAAAGCUCCGAGUUCCAACAUUUGAUGGCAGCAUCGAUCUCGAAGUUUCGGACAAGAUAGUUCUUCAGCUUGCCGCAUUGCUUAUGGCAACUAUAUUUGGCGGCAUCCAUUGUAUGGCUUGGUUUUUUGGCUUCCCCACAUACCAGGAACAGGUAUUAUGGUGCAUGAGUGCCGUUGCUAUAACUUGCACACUCUGGCUUAGUAUCCUCACUGCAUGCCUCGUUUUCUUCAUGAACACCCACGUUUUCUUCCUGAACGCACCAUGUGGAAUGGUUGUGGCUAUGCAUUGUGACAUGCCAUGUUGUACGUCGCAGCACGUGCCACCCUCUUGGUACUCAUGUUCACCACUUUACGCAAUCUUCCUCCUGACGCAUACAAGGCGGUGUCGUGGACUAGUUUGGUGCUGCACUUAUAAUUCUUGAUCAUGGUACUUGUGAUACACUUUUGUAUGUAACGAUAUUCAGAUGCGGCAUUAAU